AAAAAGGCACAGGAAAUCUUGAACCGAGAUGGACCCAACGUGCUUACGCCGCCCCCCACCGUUUCGGAAUGGGUCAAGUUCUGUAAACAACUCUUCGGUGGCUUCUCCAUCUUACUGUGGAUGGGUGCCAUUCUCUGCUUCGUGGCCUAUGGCAUCCAGAUGCAUUUCAAGGAGGAUCUUUCCAGAGAUAAUGAGGCCAAGAGCUCCAAGAUCAUGGAGUCUUUCAAGAACAUGGUGCCUCAGCAAGCUUUGGUGAUUCGGGAUGGAGAGAAGAUACAGAUCAACGUAGAGAACGUGGUGGUAGGAGACUUGGUGGAGGUGAAGGGCGGAGACCGAAUCCCUGCGGACCUCCGGCUCAUCUCUGCACAAGGAUGUAAGGUGGACAACUCCUCCUUGACUGGAGAGUCAGAGCCCCAGUCCCGCUCCCCUGACUUCAGCCACGAGAACCCUCUGGAGACUCGCAACAUCUGCUUCUUCUCCACCAACUGCGUGGAAGGAACAGCCCGGGGCAUUGUGAUAGCAACGGGAGACUCCACAGUGAUGGGCCGCAUCGCCUCCCUGACGUCAGGCCUGGAGACGGGCAAGACCCCCAUCGCUGUGGAGAUCGAACACUUCAUCCAUCUGAUCACGGCGGUGGCCGUCUUCCUUGGCGUCUCUUUCUUCGGGCUCUCGCUCAGCUUGGGCUACGGCUGGCUGGAGGCUGUCAUUUUUCUCAUCGGCAUCAUUGUGGCCAAUGUGCCCGAGGGGCUGCUGGCCACCGUCACUGUGUGUCUGACCCUGACCGCCAAGCGCAUGGCGCGCAAGAACUGCCUGGUGAAGAACCUGGAGGCGGUGGAGACGCUGGGCUCCACCUCCACCAUCUGCUCGGACAAGACGGGGACCCUCACCCAGAACCGCAUGACCGUCGCCCACAUGUGGUUCGAUGAGACCAUCUACGAGGCGGACACCAGCGAAGAGCAGACUGGGAAAACGUUUGCCAAGGGCUCAGCUACCUGGUUCGUCCUGGCCCGAAUCGCCGGCCUCUGCAACCGAGCUGACUUUAAGGCUAACCAGGAGACCCUUCCCAUCGUCCAGCGAGCCACAACAGGUGAUGCUUCUGAGUCGGCCCUCCUCAAGUUCAUCGAGCAUUCGUACAGCUCUGUGAAGGAGAUGAGAGAGAAAAACCCCAAGGUGGCCGAGAUUCCCUUUAAUUCCACCAACAAGUACCAGAUGUCCAUCCACCUGCAGGAGGAGAGCUCCCAGCCCCACGUGCUGAUGAUGAAGGGGGCCCCCGAGAGGAUCCUGGAGUUUUGCUCCACGUACCUUCUGAACGGAGAGGAGUACCCCAUAGAUGAGAAGAUGAAGAGCAAGUUCCAGGACGCCUAUCUGGAGCUGGGAGGCCUGGGGGAGCGCGUGCUCGGCUUCUGUUUCUUGAAUCUGCCCACCACUUUCUCCAAGGGAUUCAAGUUUGACACGGAUGAGAUCAAUUUCCCCAUGGAGGACCUUUGCUUUGUGGGGCUCAUCUCCAUGAUUGACCCUCCCCGGGCCGCCGUGCCCGACGCCGUGGGCAAGUGUCGCAGUGCGGGGAUUAAGGUGAUUAUGGUAACAGGGGAUCAUCCCAUUACAGCCAAGGCCAUAGCCAAAGGGGUGGGCAUCAUCUCUGAAGGCGCUAGAACAAUAGACAACGUGGCCGCCCAGCUCAAGGUCCCCAUCUGCAGCAGCAUCGACCCCAGGGAAGCCAAGGCCAUCGUGGUGCACGGCUCGGACCUGAAGGACAUGACGUCGGAGCAGCUGGACGAGAUCCUCAGGAACCACACGGAGAUCGUGUUCGCGCGGACGUCCCCGCAACAGAAACUCAUCAUCGUGGAGGGCUGUCAGAGGCAGGGGGCCAUCGUGGCGGUGACGGGGGACGGCGUGAACGACUCCCCCGCGCUGAAGAAGGCUGACAUCGGCAUCGCCAUGGGCAUCUCGGGCUCCGACGUGUCGAAGCAGGCCGCCGACAUGAUCCUGCUGGACGACAACUUCGCCUCCAUCGUCACGGGCGUGGAGGAGGGCCGCCUCAUCUUUGACAACCUGAAGAAAUCCAUCGCGUACACCCUGACCAGCAACAUCCCCGAGAUCACCCCCUUCCUGCUCUUCAUCAUCGCCAACAUCCCCCUGCCUCUGGGCACCGUGACCAUCCUCUGCAUCGACCUGGGCACAGACAUGGUCCCGGCCAUCUCCUUGGCUUACGAGUCAGCUGAAAGUGACAUCAUGAAGAGGGCCCCGCGGAAUCCAAAGACUGAUAACCUGGUGAACCACCGUCUCAUUGGCAUGGCCUACGGACAGAUUGGGAUGAUCCAGGCUCUGGCUGGCUUCUUCACCUACUUCGUGAUCCUGGCCGAGAAUGGUUUCAGACCUCUUGAUCUGCUGGGCAUCCGUCUCAACUGGGAAAACAGAUUCCUCAAUGACCUGGAGGACAGUUACGGACAGCAAUGGACCUACGAGCAGCGGAAGGUGGUGGAGUUCACGUGCCACACGGCCUUCUUUGUCAGCAUCGUGGUCGUGCAGUGGGCCGACCUCAUCAUCUGCAAGACCCGCCGUAACUCCAUCUUCCAGCAGGGCAUGAAAAACAACAUCCUAAUAUUUGGGCUCAUGGAGGAGACAUUCCUGGCUGUUCUUCUCUCCUACACUCCAGGCAUGGACAUGGCCCUGCGGAUGUACCCACUCAAGACAGCCUGGUGGCUCUGUGCCAUUCCCUACAGUGCUCUUAUCUUUACCUACGAUGAAAUCCGAAGGCUCAUCAUCCGUCGUCAUCCUGGCGGCUGGCUGGAGAGAGAGACCUAUUACUGAACUCGGCACAGGAAGAGCUUUACCUGACGGAUGUCCCAGGGCCGG